AUGCCAACAUUCGAAGGCAGAAGAGACUCCAUUGAUUCUGUUUCGUCCUCAAUUAGUGGUUCCUUUCCCCUUUCUGCCCGGCCAUCCAUUCAAGGCAAUUCACCUAAACUGGCUCCUAGUUUUGGUCUGGAUAAUUUGCCGACAUCAGAUUCUGAAGAUGAGUUCUUAAACAACAACUCCUCCCGGCUUGCAAGGCCAAGCUUCCAAGUGCCCCUUGUUUCUACUCGCUCUAAGGAGGGUACAGUGAGCCCCGUGCCUUCUCACAAUAGUUUGCAGAGUUUGAACCAAAACUUUUCUCGACUAGCGAUCCCUGCACCCCAGUUCAAAACUGCUCACCUUUUGAAGUCGAUUGAUCAUAAUUUGGACAUCUAUUUCAGCAAAUUCCAUUCACAAUAUCCAAUUCUGAUGGAAAAACGACAAAUACAGGAAAGUCUCGAGCAACUUCAGACGGAUGAAUAUGCCACUGUUUUGGAACUAUUCAAUUACUCACUUCAAGUUCUCAAUUCUGUGGAUGCUAACUUUGACUUUAAUGUUAUCGUUUCAAGCUUCCAGCAGAUAUCCUUAAUUUAUGCAUCCAAAUCCUUCAUUAACAACAAUGUUCAUGCCAAAGCAUUGUUUCUGCUUACCUUAGUGCUACUCAAUUACACCGUGAUUUUAUCUGGUCACGAAUACUCCAUAGGAUUUACUAUUUCGUUUUCGAUAUUCAAUGACUGGAAAAUCUACAAGGAACCAUCGUCAUCCCCACUUUUCCGUGCGUUCAUGCAUUUGGUCGUCUUGGACAACAUAUUCGCAUUGUCUUUUGGAACCCCGAGAAAUACAAGUCUAGCGUUUAGUCAAUCUUAUCUUCACGAGUAUGCAAAGAAUUUGAAAGCCUCGGAAUCGGAGUCAUUAGAAUACGUGACCGUUGGAUUAAAUCUUCUGCUUUUACCUCCUACAGACCCUACAAUCAGCGUGCCCAAGCAGUCCAAACUCUAUCUUUUGAACGACAAAUACAAAUUCUUAAGCAUUCUGGAGGCAGAAAGUGAAAUUUGUUAUCUGAUUCAGAAUUUUAGUUCCUCGCUGGACAGUGUACGAAACCCAGAGGCAGACGAUUUUGUUUUCGAUCUGCAAUUGGAAUUUUCAAAGCUCUGCAAAAGACUCAUCUACCUAAUUGACGAGCAGGUGGACGAUCUUGAGCUGUUGAAAAUUCAACCCCUUCUACCCCUAUACGUCUUGAAAUGCUUCAAAAUUCUUCUUUCCUUGAAGUCGCUCAUUUCUUCUCUCAUCAGCUUCAACAUUACCAUCAACAACGACGAUUUCAAAGAUAGACUUGCAAAAUUAAUAGACACGAUAGAUGCGAAUAUUGAGAGACUUCGUUGCCUCCGCUCCUCCAUCCCAUUCCUCAAGGUAUUAAUUUCAACGUUAAAGAAUAGGACAGCAGAAACGCUAUCGCUCUCUGCCUCGACCGACAAACUUCUCCUACUGCAGAACUGGUGUCGCCAGUCCAGUUCUCUACUGCAUUCCACCCUCACCAAAGAUUACUUCGAAGGAUGGUAUUCAUAA